AUGUUCAUGCGUUUCCGAGGCGGUGCAAUCGGUCACGAUUUGCCCCCAUACUGGAACCGGAAACUUCUAGAUGCCGCCUCCACGAUUCCCGAGGCCGAGGAAUUCGAGCUACCAAUCGAUUCGGAUCAAGACAGCGACAAUGAGGAGGGAGACAGUGAUGAGGAAACGGACGGGCACGAGAGCGGUGAUACCAGCGAUGAAGAAGGAGACGCAGCAGAGACUGCAGCACGUACGGAUGAAGGGCUUUUUUUGGGUGAAGACGAGGCUCUCACUAACGCGACCGGCUUCGCAUCAUUGUAA